GGACAACCCUCCACUAGAACAGUGUACGAUGGAAACGUUGCCUCCGGAACUUCUGACCAGGAUUUUCUCCUUCCUUGCGAUCGGACAAAAAACAUUGGCUCCUUAUGCCACGAUAUCUCGAGCUUGGCAGUGCACUGUGGAACAGCAUACUUUCUCUCAGCUGUCUCUCUCCUCAGACGAGCUGGAAAGGUCCAAUCAUGCUGUUGUGCAGUCGUCGCACGUCCACCGCCGUACAUCGGUCAGACGCGUCAACUAUGGCGUUCAUCUUCCGGACUACGAUGAUAACGCCUGUGGCCGAUUCGAACGACAAGCAGACAGACAGAUCAACGAUGAGGCUUUUGGUAAAGCGCUCGUAGGCCUCUUUACCCUGCUAGAGGUCAUGGACGCCGGCAAUGAUUCCAGGCCGAUCGACCUAAACAUUCUUUAUUUCUAUUCAUCCAUGGACAUCAACCGUCGAGAUACCGAGACACUGAGGGCACACGAAAUGGCCAAAUCCUUGGGAAAAAGACAUGAUCUAUUCGAGCUCCGCUACCAAGACUCAUAUCUCCAACUACUUCAGCCCGAAAGCUUGCCUAUCUUACACAACGUGACUUCAUUGACGAUCAAUGGCGAUACUGCACGUAAGCUAGCACCGGCAAUCGCUCCUGGCAUCAUGUCGAGACUCCCUAAUCUCAUCUCCACGAAUUUCUCGAUCUCAGAUAUGGAGAGGAAACGACCGAAUAGAAGAACGCAGCUGCGGUCCGAAUUUGCCAAGCAGUUGACCUCUAUGCCUACACCACAGAGUCUUCAGAAAUUCGAUUUCGAACUGAGACAUGUUCAACCGGCGAACGAAAGCUUUGUCAAUGCGAAUGUUCGCGGUGAUUUCCACUCGCCCGAUGUCGACGAUGUUUCAACCGCAUUACAGCGAUUCUGGCAAGCUGCUCCGAGUCUGACUAAUUUCAAGUUGAGCGGGUCAAUUUGUGUUGGUCCAGAGCUUUUCCGAAGUCCAGGUGAAGAUGAAGAAGACGAAGAAAAACAGCAACAAUGGCAAAAGUUGAAGGUUGUUACCGUAGAGCUCAGCUUAGUAAGACCUGAUGGUGGCUGGUAUAUCGAAUUAGAUCCCGAUCGAGGCAGCGAUUCACACGGCGAAGAGGAGGAAGAAGAUGAAGGCGAAGAGGAUGAAUUCGAGUAUUCAGGCCACAUUUUCCACGAUCGCACAAGCAGUCAAAACUCUUCCUCAUCUGGCUAUGACUCGAGCGAUUCAUUCUUCGCCAUGAAUGAACUGCCUCCGGAUUCCUAUGGCUACGACGAUGAAAAACGCGAUCUCCGGCUCAAUGGCGAGGAGCCAUCUGCUUACUUUCGCACAAAACCUACUGCUGAACUGGAGGUUCUGUUUACGGCAGCCGCACACGCAGCUGCUCGUAUGCCUUCACUUCGGAAUAUGCGUGUGAGUCUCGAGGUACGUCCCAGUGGAAGGACAGGUCGGAAAAGACAGAAGAUUGGGUUUUUGUACUUGGCUCCUGGUGUGAGGGGGGCGAAGGAUGAGGGAAGGGAAAGAGAAUGUAGGAAAUUAUACUGGGAUGCGCCCAAAGGUUGGCGGAUGAGUGGACGGCUACAAGACAAGUGGAAGUUUCUGUUGGGUGAUGAUGGUAUUGUGAAAUACAAGGAAUGGUAGAUCGAGCUGAGCAGUCGAAGAAUUCAACUCUUAGUAUGCGUGUCGAAAACGAACCCCCGUGAGGCUCGUAUGGGCUGAACUUGUUGACAAGCUGUACUUCUUGUCCUCAA